UUGAAGUGUCCGCAUGGUUCAGUAUAAAAUAUUGUUUUGCUGUUAAAUGUCGUUGUAAGUCGGUAUGGGCCGAGAUGAAAGAAAAGCAAGCAAAAACUCCUCUUAAAAUUAGCUUACAAAACUUUUUGAACCACGUAGAACACUUAGAGUCACAACGUAAUGAAGAUACAUACGAAAAAGAAUUUCAGGAACUUAAAAACUUCAGUGAAAAAUUGAAGACACUCAAAGGAUAUAGCUGUUCCGUAGGAGAAAAUGAAGUUAACAGGAAAAAAAAUCGUUACAAAGAUAUUCUCCCCUUCGACAGCAGUCGUGUGAAGUUGACAGAAUAUGUGGGAGUGCCAGGCAGUAACUACAUCAAUGCCAAUUUCAUCAGAGGCGCAAGUGGCUCUCCUGCGUACAUUGCCAGUCAGGGACCGCUUCCUCACACCGUCAACGAUUUUUGGAGAAUGGUUGUGGAGUGGGAUGUGCAUGUUAUUGUCAUGGCUUGUAGUGUUGAAGAAGCGGGAAAGCACAAGUGUGAAAAGUAUUGGGUUGAAAAUGAAGAAGAAAAACAGUUUGGCAAUGUCUCAGUCCAGCUGGUUAAUGCAUGUAUUGUAUGUCCUGAUUAUUUAGUGAGGACAUUGCUAAUCAAGUAUCCAACUUCUGAUAGUGAUCCAUCAAUAGUUGAACGGAAAGUAUGCCAAUAUCACUAUGUGGCAUGGCCCGAUCAUGGCGUUCCUUCAAAAGUACGACCACUGGUGGAUAUGGUUCGGAAAGUUCGAGAAACCCAGGUUUCUGAAACAUUGCCUGUUUUAGUUCAUUGUUCGGCUGGUUGUGGAAGGACCGGGACAAUCUGUGCAAUUGAUUACGUGUGGGGACUUCUUCGAUCUGGGAGAUUAACAAAAGACUUUAGCUUGUUCAAUCUUGUGCGAAGAAUGCGCAAACAGCGAAUUGCUAUGGUACAGACGAAAGAACAAUACAUUUUAGUACAUCAAGCAGUUCGUGAGUUGUUUUGUGAUCAGCUUCGUGUAAUAGAUUCUCAUCCAUAUGAAAAUAUUGAUGUAAAUGGACUGCCAUUGGUGAAAGAUGAAGAAGAGCCUACCUAUGAUGCUGUGGGUGGUGAAAACACUGAUGAAGGCUUAGUGGCUGGUGUCAAGUUCCGACAAGGCUCCCAGGAUGACAUGGUGCUGUGUGCAUGCAUGCCUGCAACUUCUCCCAGAGUCCGCAGGCAUGCAAGUAUAGUACUGCUGCGACACAGUCUCAUCGAGACCAGUGAGGGUGCAGUAGCCCCUUUGUCAGUCUGGAAAAACCAUAAAGAUGAUGCUGAUGUAAGAAGAGCACACAACCACUAUGCUGAAAGGAAAGAGGAUGACAUGGUGUAUACCAAAGUGUCCUCGAGAUGCAAUGGAAAAUCACAUUCAGCAGGAAAUGCACAGCAAAGAGAUGAUCACUUGGUCCAGACAAGGGAUGAUGUCCAGUUUGCGAGGUCGCAGUGGCUCCCUCCUGGUGAUGCAGAGAGAUCUGCGAGAAAUGUACACAAUGUGAAACAAGGCAUUCACUUAAAAAGACAGCAAUAUAUAUGACAAGCAAGAACUUGUUUCAAGUACAUAACCUAUUCUUCGAAUCAAAUAAUGACAUUUGCACUUAAAGAAUCUCAUUUGUAGAAAAUUUGUGCCCAACAUUUAUAUGUAACUUAAACUGAUAUUUUGCUCACGUGAUGUGAACUAGCUGUUUUAUGACACUCAUUUGUGUUAAUGUUGAUGUAACUUAACUGAUAUUGUGUUUUGUAUGCUUAAGACUUAAAGUUACUUAAUUUGUAUAUUUUGGUUCUUCUGAAUCUUCCUUGUUCAGCAUUUUCAACUAUAUUGUUAAGCCUUAAGUCAUUUAAGGAGCAGUGCACUCAAAAAUCACAUUUUUUUUUAGUGCUUUGUGAAUUAAAAUAGAAAAUGAAAACAAUUGUAGUGUUGGUCGUACGGUGAUCAGAUAACUUAUACUCAAGAUAUAGCAGCAGGAAGAAAAUCUAGUGACUUCUUAGUAGUAAACUCAUCUGCCAGCAUUACUCUGUAGGUGUCUGAUGCUGUAUAACUAUCAUGUACUGCGAAAUUAAGGAAAAGGUCAAAUUAUAAAUUGCGCUGAAAAUUUUUACCUGAAGGGACCUCUUUUUAUCACUUGUAAUAACAAGUUUUGUAUUAACCUAACUAUUGGUAAUUCUUACGACAAAAAAAUUUAUUACCUUCUAAUUCCUAUGAUUACAACCAUAGGGAAUAUUCUGUACACUGAAUUAUAUAAAUUAUUGUAGCCAACCACUGUUGAACUGUAAUUCCGAAAUCCCUAACCUCAGUGCUGAGUAAUCAGCCUUCUUUUGCAUCAUAGGUGCAGAAAUUGACAAAUAUGCUGCAUACAUUUUUUGAUACAUCUGCAACAAUGUAGCUUCCAUUUCUUCAUGUUUUGGACCUCACAUUAUUUUUUACUAGUUGAUGACCCACAAGAAGUUGCAAAAUCAGAUUAAAUCUCUUCUCCCCCCCCCUCCCCCACCCCUUUUUUUUUUAAUGGGGACAGUUGUGAGAUGUUAAAUUAUCUAGCGGUUUCAGUUUUUGUUUUUCCUCCAGUCAACUUUUUUGAUAAUCUUAGUUUUAACCUGCAAUGUAAGAUUAUUACUUAUACAUUUUGCAGUCAUUUUACACCAUAACACAGACUCAGAAUUUAGUUUAUGGCACACGUGCUACCAAAAGAAAAUACCCAAACUUAUUACCAUAGAUUAUCUAAACUUCUAUGUACACUUCCAGCAACUAAUAUAAAUACGGUAUAGAUAGGGACACCUGUAUUUCGCAAAUACAUUUUGUGUCAAGGUAUUUCACAAAAUACUGUAGCUUUUCUCCUGUUGUUAUUGGCUGAGGUCGGGGAGAGGUGUCGUCCCGCUCUUGACGGGGCCAAUGAGAAUGUGGUCACCGUACUGCUGCACCCUCACAAUUUGCCAUGACUCUUAGAAAAAUCUACAGUGUUUUGUGAAAUACCUUGACACGAAAUGUAUUGGCGAAAUACAGGUGUCCCUAGGUAUAGAGUACCUUUCUUUUAGAUUGAGUUUACAAAAUGGCAUCUUACUAUUUUAGUUACUAACGUCGCCACUAGCUACAAUUUUUAUUUUAUUUUUCACCCAUUUUGCACUGUAGGAUACAGACAUCUUUGGAGAAACGUUUGUUUACUUAUGGUUAUGUUAACGUGAUUAUUUAUAUUAAACUUCGGCAGUGAAAUUUGUAUUAACCGUUUACAUAUGCAUGUAAACACAAACUUGAGAGUUCAAAACAACUUUGUAAUUCAUAUUAUCCGUAUUUUGUAUUAAAAGUAUUGAAUAACGUAGAAAAUCAUUCUUCAUUUUCUGGGACUAUGAAAGUACUUUCCAUAAACAGGAGUUUCGUACUAAGUGGAUUUGUACUAAUGAGGUUUGACAGUAUUGAGUAUUAAUUAUUAUUUUCAUUAUAACUGGAAUAUAUAACAGUGACAAUAAAGUUAUAAAAGUACGACAGCUGCAAAACUGGUGACGUGUUGUACAUAAUUCCGAGCAUAACCUAGCUCCUGUUGCUUUAGAGUAUGGAUUAAAAGUUGACUGCACCCUUUGUGAAGUUAUUCUAUUCCUCUAGCAAGCUAUUUCCAAUCCCGUGUCUGGUUGCCUUUUGAAACCAGUCUAGUUGCGGUCAGGUUCCGGAAAAUAAUUUUUAAUCUUGAAAACUAUGUAGAAUGAGAACUCUACUUGGUUCUUUGUCCAUUAGUUGUUCAAGCAUGUACCAAUUGCAUAAACUGUUACAAAUAUAACAUUCUGCCAUGUCUUGGAACAAGUUUUUUUUAAAUUUAUUUAUUUAUUUAUGUUUUUCUCCUAUCAUUCAUUUCAUUGCUGUUGAAUGGCUAAGGAUUUGCAACACUUUCAGAUUCAGUACUAAACUAGCAAAAUAAUUGUGUAAUGUUAGGUACGUGUUUUGGCCUGUUUAAUAUUACAUGUCCAGACUUGCCAACUUGUACGAUUUUCCCGUACAAUGUACGGAAAACGACUUACUUGUACGGUGUACGGGGACGUCUGGAAAUCUUCCGGAUUUUUUGCAUUUUGUAGUGUAGGUAUGUUGGUGAAAAGUGAAACGUUAGUUGCUCGCGCUCAUGUGUCAUGUUUAGGCUUACUGGCAAUUAUUUUUUAUUGUGAUUUACUGUUAGUCACGCCAUACCCUUUUCGCCGCCAACCAAUACAAAUAUUUUCACAAAUAGAAAAUAUACUGGUAAGUUUUGGAUAAUUAACGUACUUCGAAUACGUUUGUGUGGCCUUCUUUUGUUUAGAUAGCUGUAUUCAGCUUGCAGCGACAGUUGCGCGCGCACAGGUCAGUGUAAACAACAUGGCGUCUCGCAGCGCGUGCCUUUGUUGAUCGUUAAGGUUUUAUAUGCAUAUAUUCUUUGCCAACUCACGUAGAAAGUUAUUUUGUGCAGUGGAUCUAAAUCUGGUUUACAUUUUUGUGCUCACACUUUCGCUCUCCGCCCGCGAGUAUUUAAUUUCCUUCAUGUAAUAAUAAUAUUAUUGAUAGUUGACGACGCUUCAGGUGGAAAAUGCCUCCAAAGUUGAUAAAACAGUAUAUGCAAGUUUUCCUUGACGUUUACGCGAAAGAUUUUCCGUGUAUGAUUAAAUCUGGAAAAGGAAUAAACUUCGCGUUUUGUUCGAUUUGUAGGUGUGACAUAAAUAUCGGACAUGGUGGCAGAAGUGAUAUAAAUGCUCACUUAAAAUGUGCAAAACAUGUUUCGAAUAUUAUGAGUAAGGAGACGAGUUGAAAAUUUCUUGACUACUUUGCUAGGAAUGAAAAAUCUGACAGUGCUGUGAUAAAUGCUGAAUGUCUUUUCACAAGUUUUCUUGUGGAACAUAACAUUUCGUUAAGUGUUUCUGACCAUGCCGGCCCACUCUUUAGGAAAAUGUUCCCAAAUUCUGAGACCGCCAAGAGAUACGGUUGUGGUAGAACUAAGUCAACAGCUAUUAUGCAAGAAAUGGCUGCAUCUGCCACCGAGGAUAUUAUUUCUUUGUUGCAGUCUGUACCAUUUUCGAUAGCAACAGACGGCAGUAAUGAUUCAAAUUCUAAAUUAUAUCCUUUGGUAAUUACAUUUUACGAUGAACAUUUGAAGUCUGUAGUGUCCAAAUUGCUUUCGUUGCCAGUUUUAAAGGGGGAUGCCACUGGCCGAAAUAUUGGCAACCUAGUAAUUUCAGAAUUGGAACAUUUGAAUGUCCCUUUAACACACUUGCAUUUUCUGCAGAUAAUGCUCCAGUUAUGCUGGGAAGCAAAAAUGGUGCAGCUUCUGUGUUAAGGGAAAAACAAGAAGCGCUUAUUGUAGUUGGGUGUCCCUGUCAUCUGAUUAAUUUGGCAGCGGAGAAGGCAGCUGCUGGCCUUCCUUGUAAUGUCCAUGACAUUUUGAUAGAUGUCUACUACUAUCUUGAAAAAAGUUCAAAAAGAAAAAAAACUGCAGAAAAGUUUUGAUAACAUCUCUAUAAGGACAUCAGUUUUUACAGAUACUUGUUCCAAAACUCCCGCGAGCAUUUUACGCACUUUUUAAACAUUUUUGCUUAUUGUACUAUUUGAGAAUUUUAAAAUUUGGCAAGUCUGCAUGUCAUGUUGGCCCAGCCAGAUACUACUGAACCGUGUAAUAAUUUUUAACGAAUACUGCUGAUAGGAGACACUGGUUUAAAAUUUUUAGGUUAGUUUUUUUGCAUUCAAAAGUUAAUUUAAGAUGUUGAUUAAAUAGAAAAUUCUCAACUGUGUUUUGAUUAAUUCUACGUUGAAAUUAUAUACAAAAUUCAGUUCCAGAUUUUCUUCUAUAAGCUUCAUCGCUAAAUCAAACCAGAUAAUAAAAUUUGGUAAAUAUGUAGUGUACGGAUUAGCGCCAAAAAAAAUCGUACAAAUCUUAAAUAACUUUCAUUAUAUGCUCUUUUACGUCCUCUUUUCAUAACCGUCUGCGGAGAUAAGAAAUUCCAAUUACUUUUGGAGAUAUUGCCGUUCUUAUUUUGCAAUACAAGACCUAUGUAAUCAUUCGGCCGAUGCCAUUUUAUAUUUUGCCGUGCGCGCGUGAAUGCCUAAAUAACAAAAAUUUUCCAUUAGGUAAGGUUAGUUACAUUAUAAAUACUUUAAAUUAAACGGAAAUUAAAAAUAAUAUCAAUUAAUUUUACUUGUUGUAUAGUUUUAAGUAUUUAUAAUGUAACUGACCUGAACUAACAAAACGGGACAAAGGUAGGUUAGGUCAGGUCAGCUACAUUAUAAAUACUUUGAAACUGAACGGACAUUAAAAAUAAUAAAAUUAAUUUUAAUGAUUGUUUAGUUUUAAAGUAUUUAUAAUGUAGCUGACCUAACCUAACAAACGGGAACAAAGGAUUAACAGUAGGAACGAACGUAAUUUUUUAAGCAUAAAAAUUUGAAACGUUAAAAACUCACCUGAGUUGGAGGCGGCCUAUUGGUUCAUUUGAAUAUUGGCCUAUCACGAACUAUCACGUGACAACAUUAUCCAAUAAAAAAAACAAUUGAUACUCGUAAACAAAAAACAAUGAUGGAAGCCGUGUGAAUGUGCAGGUAUAGUGAUUAAAAUUUAAAAAUUCGAUAUCUCCUAAAGUAAUUGGAAUUUCUUAUCUCCGCAGGCUGUAAUGAAAAGAGGACGUAAAAGAGCAUAUAAUGAAAGUUAUUUCAAAUUUGUACGAUUUUUUUUGGCGCUAAUCCGUACACUACAUAUUUACCUAAAAUUUCACAGUUAAAUCUUUUAUCUUAAAUACACUAAACUAAGACACUUUUGUCUUGUGGCGACUGCUGUCGCACCAGGCCUUUGCUUAUUUAUGCCUGGGGUAGAAUUUCUAGUUGUAAAGAGCCAAGAAAAAUAAAGAGAGAUUCAAAUAACCAUUAUGGUAUGAUGAUCAAGCAACAUCUUAAUGAAAAACAUGAUGACUUCUGCUUACAAAAGGUGGUCACGUAGCCCAACUGACCAAUCACAACACAACAGGCAUUGUUCAUCCUGAUGGCUACAAAAAUAACUUCCCGGCGAGCAUUUUACUAAUUCCUACGCAGUCAAACAUAUACUUGCGGGUUUUCCUAAUUCGACUGCAGUGCCAGAAAUAUAUUCCAAAUUGUUUGUUCCAGAAGCAAAGUGAGGAACUAAUACUGACAAGCAAAGAAUUAGAGAAGAAUAAAAUGCCUUAAUGUACAUUAAAACUUAUUUUUACUUAUCCAACACUUAAAUGAAUAAUUAUCAACUUUUUUUUAGUAAACUACCUACUUUAAAUGAUAUAUUAAAUGAAAAAAGAUUUUCAAAAUUAAUUAUACCAUUCAAUAGGAUACCUGCUCUAGCAGCCUAAUAUACAUGCCCAGCUAAAGUAGGUCAUCUUGGGGGUAGAUGUUAUACAACAUUACAAGAUGUGCUUCAUUUAAUUAUUCCCAGCAACUUCACUCCACUUCUUAAUUCAUAUCAAAACAACAGGGACAGAUACAUAAUAGAUAAUUCUGCAAUCUUCCAUUACAAAUCUCAUCAUUAUUGAUAAAAUUUCUAUUGUCAUUGAUUUCAGUGUCAUUGUGGUUACUAAUUUGGAGCUCAAAAUGGUAACACUUGUCUCAUAAAUAUCCAUGAUUAAGAAACCUUUAUACUGUGGUAUUUAAAUGUUCAGGAAAACAAUAUUAUUGCCAGCUAGGACAGAGUUAAUUCUCCGAAGCCGCUUGCGAUGGCUUUGGAACGGGUGUGAUAUUUCUUGAAACAUUUGGUUCUAAAAAUCAGAUACAUGAUGACCACACUUGCUUUUUAAGAAUAUAUGCUUAAGGACCUACCUUCCUGGGCACUUAUACAUUGUGCAGAGCUUCAGAAAAAUCCACAUGAUUUAAAAACUGCUCAAAAUAUCCAAGUGGGGUCUGUUAACAAAAAGCAUUUAUGAAUAUGCGAAGGGCGGAUAGUUUUGUUUCUAUAACUUGUUUUUGAACUGUAAAUAUAGAAAGUGAAAUUGGCUAAAACGUUUUUUUUCAGAAUCAUUUUUAGGCAUGAAAUAUCCAGUACAGAUUCUUAAAAGUACUCAAGGGACUUGCAUUACACCUUUAUUUUAUUUUCUCUACCAUUUAAUGUUCUGUUUACUUCUCAAAUCUCACAGUUGCCCUAUGCAGGAGAAGAAUGAAUGCCAGUUCAGAGCCUUGCCUUAAAAACAAUACCACACUAGAAGAGCAUCACACCUAUCAUCCCGCCUCACUAAUACCACAAGUUCACGCAUGACUAGGCAGGCCCCCUAAAGUUCAAAUCUCCAAUAAUGAUUUUUUUUUUUAUCUUUUGCUUUGUGAUUUUUGAGUUUUGGAAUCUCAAACCCAAGGUAGCCCUAUUAACAUUUGCAUUUUGAUCCUAAUAACUGAAAGGUUUUUUCUCUGGUAAAAAUAACGUAUCAUCGAAGAAGUAUUCUAGUUUGCUCAUCUUUAGGUUGGCAAUAAACUGUUUAUCAUUGCAUUGUAUUCUUAUUUUUCACAUUUCAUGAAGUUUCUACAGUCCCAUGGUUUGUUAAAAAUAUUAUUAACUAAAGUAAAUCUUUCAUCAAUUUUCUCAAUAUGGCCUCUGCAUGUUUCUGCAUAGCACUUAAAAUAUUUACUACCCUAUUUUUCCAUUGUAAUAGUCAACUUUAGCCAUUAGAGAAGGUUUCAUUUACUUUUUGAUUAACUUUCAGCUAGUGCCGAAGUCAGACUGAUGGAUAAUUUUUUGUGUAAUUUGUUUUGAUAAGUUUACUUAUUCAUUUGUGAUCGCAUAGGAGCAAUUGUUUGUGCAAUUUUUUUAGAACCAUUUCACAAGCUGAUUUUUAUAAUUUACCAUUGAUAUCCUCUAUAGUACAGCAGUACAGUGAAAUAUAUGGUUUUAUCAAUGGAAGGGUCUAUAUUGCUGUAGGUAACAAACUUAGCUGUUUCUAAUUACUUCAAAAAGGUUUUUACACAAUUCAUAAAGUGUGAACUCUAUAGUUGGCUAUACAAACGAAUGCACUAAAUUAUAGAAAGUAAUUUUUCUUAAAGUAGCACUAGUGUACCUGAAACAGCAGUAAUUAUUUCAUAGUUAGUACCACAUAAAUAUAUAUAUUUUAUGUAAGGACUGUAAUUCAACUGUUUGAGGUGCUGUCCUUUCCGACAUCAUUAGUAACGUUCUCUGUGCUCGUACUUUUUCUUUGAAAGUUUUGUGAUUGAAGAUUUACAUAUGUUGCAGAAUUUGAACAGUUAUUUUAAUCUCUCUCAAACAUUAAAAAAAUAUUAGCAUAAUUGCUCUGGAAUUUGAUAUCUAUAUCACUCUCAGGAAAUUUUUCCUGAAACUUAAAGACGUGCUGUACAUGUAUGUAUGAUACUUUUUCAUUAGUUUUGGUUAUUUUUAGUCUUAGGAUUUUUAGUGUCUCAUUAAAAUUUAUUUUUUUAGUCACAAAAUCUUGCCUGUCCUGUUUUCCUUUGAAUCUCAUAAAUGGGCGUGGAUUCUCACCAAACAAAGAACACGUUAGCUUAAGCUUUACUUCCGUGUGAAAGAAUGUUAAUUUUUGUGUGUUUUGCUCCUUUAACGUUAGUACACUUUAGUGUUGCUUAGCUUAAAUCUCUUCAGUAUACUUUGUUUUGUAAGUUUUGUAUAUUUUUUGUGGAUACCUUCUUCUUUAAAGCAUUUUUUAUGAAAAAUGUAACCAUAAGAAAUUGUUCAAAAUGUGAAGUGAGUUAUAUUUUCUUAGCUAUUAGAAAAAGAGAAAUACAGUAGAACCCCGAUUAUCCGCGACUCGAUCAUCCGAUUCGCUGAUUAACCGCGAUUUAUGUCCAUCAAGUCCAAUUUUUUAGUUACAUAUAACCAAUGAUUCAAAAUGUAUGUAAAUGUUAAAAUACUUUGCAAAAUGUAUGUAAAUGUUAAAAUACUUUGCAAAAUGUAUGUUGGUCAAAGUACUUUGACUCAGUUAUGUUUAUAUACACAGAAAGUUUUAAAAAGAUACUAGUACAUAAAUACGUAUGUACAUAAUAUUUUUGUGUUCCAUGUUACGUGAAUAGAUUAUACACUGGUGCGCGAUUCCACGUCCGCAUGACCGGACUGUACACUCCCGCGCGCAGCAUGGCGCCGUGCCUCAGAGAUUACCUGGCGCAUGGAGACAGUCCAUUCCAUUAGUGUACGUUGUUGAAGCGUGAAGGUGGUGAUAAUUUUAUGUAUUGUAACAGUGAUCUGCAUUCCGACGGAUUAUACCGUUGUGUUGUGUGGAAGUGUUGAGCGCAACAUUUCAUCAUGUCAUCAAAUGAACAGAAAAGAAAGCGAGUGGUACUGUCCAUCGACAGCAAAACAAAAAUUAUAGAAAGAUUUCAGAGUGGAGAAACGAUUGCAAAUUUGCGACUGAGUUAAAUGUCGGUAACACAACAGUGUGCGACAUCAUAAAAAAUCACGAAAAAAUCCUUCAGUUUGCUUCACAGGCUGACACUUCAAGUGGAUUAAAUAAACGCAAGACGAUGAAAGAAUCCACAUUUAGCAGCUUGGACACUUGUUUGUUUGAAUGGUUUCAACAGAAAAGGUCGGAGGGUGUACCAUUAAGUGGCGUAAUUUUAUCACAGCAGAUGUAAAUUUUUUAAAAAAAACUAGGCAUGACAAAAGAACCAUUUUCCUGUUAUAUUACUUCUCCGUUAUUUUAUGAGCACCGACUGUACGGAAGUGUGUGUGUGGCAACUAGUGCUUGGCACGCAAGAUAAAUUCAGCCUAUCACUUGCUGACGCGGCGCAGUGAUACGACGGUGUUUGUUUAUUUAAAAACUCAGCUAAGAGUGAACGGAGAAUAGAUAUAACGACCCCUCACGGUUCCCGAGAUUAGGGUCGUUAUAGAGAGGUGGACGUUAUAAGAUUUCCGACUAAUCUGCAACACUAAGUCAUAAUAGGCCGUUUUUGCACUACUUCCACGUUCAGCAUGCUAAAAAUAAAAAAUCUAAUAUUUAAAAUUCAUAUAAAUAAAGGGGGAUAGAAACACCGUGAAUUAUACGAGACAGAGACACCGUUUCAAAACCAUCAAAUCAAGUCUCAAUGCACUGGUAUGAAAAAUCUUUAUCUCGAAAAGAAUUUUGAAGGCAGUCGUUCUGUAAAACAAUAACCAGCCCGAUGGUGUUACGGACAACAGAGCAAUGAGCUAAGUGUGGCAGCGUCGCUUACGGGCGAUGAAAAGAAUGCGUGACCUUGGCAGCUAUCAGCUGUCUUGGGCCCUCGGACUGGCGGGUGGCUAGUCACACACCUCGGUGCAACAACGACUCGCGUGCCCACGUCUCCGCACACGAAAGACUUAAAAACCACUGCUGCCCAGCACUAAGCAGUCCGCUUCUAUGUCAACAACGCACACGAACACAAAGCAUGUGUAUAUAUAUGUAAUCUCAGAAUGUCCACAUAUGGCUGUCUGUGGGCUAAUGACCUUUGAGGCAAGCAUGACUCGGCUAACCGCGAUUUUCGAUUAUCCGACUCACUCGUCCCCUUCAUUAACACGGAUAAUCGGGGUUCUACUGUAAAACAGAAAGUUGUCUAUUAUCUAUUGCUUAAAAUAGUAACCAUAUAUCAGUUACCAAGUGUAAUUCAGUAAUGUAAUCUGUUAAUAAUUUUUAUGUAUGCCUUUCUUUAUAUCUUCAUAGUAAAACUCUGUUAAGAAGUUUCACAAGGAACUUAAAUUUUAAGCAAAUUAACUAUGAAAAUUUCUUAAAAGGAUUUAGUUACAGUGUGUACGUGAUAACCAAAAAAGUAUAUUAGGCAGGAAAACUUAAUAAGUUGGAACUUCUUAAAAGUGUUUCACUAUUUAAUGUUUAUGUACUUAACAGUUGUACAAUAUACAUUCAAACUUCUUUAAUUUGAAUCUGAAGAGUCAUAAUGUUGAUACUUUUUAAUGAGGUUUUUACUAUCCUAGAGCCAAGCAGCUCAAAUAUUUUGUUAUUGUCAAUGCCAAUCUGGUCAAUUUUGUGGGUUAAUUAUAACCUCUUUUUAAUUUGUACAGUGAUGGUAUUAUUUUGUGUGGUUAUUAUUUGACUUUAUGUUUUUUACUUUUUGACAUAAUCUGUUUCACUCACAUUCAAGAAGUUAUUUAUGAUUUAAAAAUGGUCUUAAAAUUUAGAUGAUAGAAACACACUUAAUGCACAUUUUGCUGCAUGUGUAUUUAUUUAAACUAUUUCAUUUAUUUUCACCAAUGAAAAGAUUUAGGACAGCAAUGGUGAGUCAUUAACACAUAGUUACGGACAUGUGUAUCACAGCGAUACUGGCAUCUUUGCUUCAUAUCUCUUAUCAAUUACGUUACAUGAUUUUGAAGCAGCUUGGUAGAUAAGGCUAGUUUCCACUAUCCCAGUUUACUUCAAACCAUCACCAUAUGACAAAUACUACCAUAAUGCCUGCAAGAUACAGUGUAGAAAUAAGAAAAAUAUGCCCUUUUUUAUUUAAUCCUGGCUGUCAUACUGCAAAAUUAUUAGCUGGUGAAAUACUCCAGUCUUUAAAGAAAAUAUGGAUAUAUUAAGAAAAACUGUUGAUAGGUUCAUAUUUUACAUAUAAAAUCAUAUUGCUUGUAUGGUAGUAUUCCAUCCAUAGGUGUUACUGUAUUAAAGGCUUUGUAAUAUUCAACCACAUUGUAACCGAUGGGUUUAAAAUUUUCAAUUCUGAUUCUUAAUUGAAGAAUAAGUGUAAUGGAAGAAUCUCAAUCCAUUGCCUGUUCUGACAUUUAGUUUUGGCAAAAUAAAUUAGGUGUUUACUUUUUAAAAAUAAGGUUAAAGUACUGACGUGAUGCAAUAUAUAAUAGUGAUACCCAUACUUUAUUACACUUCACUUAAUGAAAUAAAAAGAUUUUCUUUCUUUUCA